AUGGCCAACAAAGAAAUGGCAUACCCUCCGCUUCCAUACACGGGAGGCUCAGGGAGUAGUCUGCCGUCGUCUGUCUUCUCAGUGCCGCCGACGUACCGAGAUUUUCCGUCAGCAACGGUGGCCAACAAUGACAUGGCAUUACCUCCGAUUGCGUACAUGAUGCCUAACUCCUCCUACGCAGAGGGCAGUAAGGCUCAUAAACGGGCCAGCAGUGAUAGUAUCAGGCUAAAUUCACUGAUGGCUAGCAAUCGAAUCUACCCGAAUCCAAUAGAUAUGCCCGUUGGCGUGAGGACCCAAAAUGAAAGCGUUGGAGACAAGUCGUCGUCUCACAAUGAGGAUGUGAAUGUUGAUGAUCCGAAUGGUAACAAGAGAAGAGCAGGCAACGAAAUAGCUCCUCCAAGCAGAAUUUGGAGGAGUGUUUCAGCCGGUAGUAGUCUCAACGAGGCUCCUUCUCUUCCUCAGGGUGUUUCGGUUGAUGUGGGGAACGAUACUGCUUUCGGAGGCAUGUUUACUCCAGAACAACUGCGUAAGAUUGCCGCCUCUGACGAACUCAAAGCGAUGGCAGCAUCUGAUCCUAAGCGUCUCAAAAGACGCUUGUCAAACCGGGAAUCAGCUGCACGUUCAAAGGAGAGGAAGGCGCUGCACCAGUUCGAGUUGGAAGUCAAAGUCGAGAGACUUGAGACUCAGAUUGAUACAUUGACUGCCGUGCUCAAGCUUGAGAAGAGAGAAAGAAUGGCAGAAAGAAUGGCGGCGGAUCACGAGUGCGCGCGACUGAGGACUAGUCUUGAUGGAGCGGAUGAGCAGGCACGAGUUCAUCAUGACUUGAUCGAACAAUUGAAUGGAGAAGUGCGUCGGCUAACAGAAGAGGCAAGAAGGCUAAGAGAAGAGGUGAGCGAAUACCGGAGGAGGGAAAGUGAGGGAAUGAACGCAAACAUGUUGGAGCAACUCAACAUCAACCAGUUUCAAGAGACAGAUUAUAGUUUCGAAUGA